AUGGAGACACCUCUUGUGGCGGAGCCAUUGCGGAUCCCCGGCCUCGUCGCCCGACUCCUCUCCGACCUCGCCGGCGUUUGGGCCUCCCUCGCCCUCCUCGUCGCCGGAUUCGCCGCCUUCCUCAGCGUCCUCGGCCGGGCAAAGCUCGCCUUCCUCAGGUACGGCAGGGCCAGAUCGUCCACCUCUCCUCCCGCCUGCUAUUGCUCCUCCGGGGAAGACUCCGACUCCGACUCCGACUCCGACUCGCCGUCUGAUGAGGAUGAGAAGGAGGAGGAGGAGGAAGGUGAGGCGCCGUCGUCAUCGUCCGACGAGCAUGACUCCGCGCCCGGAAGUUACUGGGACGACCGGGGGCGGGACGGUGGUCUGGAUCUGACCUUGGGUGGCGCUGUGGUGAGGACGUGGGAGGGGCUGGGGAUAGGGUUCGAUCGCGCCGGCGGCCUGAUCUCGCUCAUGGACCUGGACCGCGGGGAGGUGCUGAGGUCGUUCCACGCCGAGUUCCCCGCCGCCGUCGCCAGCCUGGCGACGCCCGCGGUGGUUGUAUCGGCCGCGGAGGGCGCGGGGGCAGGUGGGGCGGCGGUGACCGUGUGGGACGCAAGGUCGGCGGGGCAGCUGACCCCAGCGGCCGCCGCCGAGUGGUGGCCCAUCCUGAGGCGGAGGGUGGUGGGCGUCGCCGGCUUGGACGGGCGGGUGUUCGUGGGCGACGACGGCGGAGUGAUAACGGCCGCGGAUUUGAGGAGGGGCCGAUCGCCGCUGGUGGUCGAGACAUGGCGUGAAAGGCGAUUGCCACUUUUGCCCUCGCCCAAAUGA